AUGUUUGCGCUAUAUCCGAUGGCUUUAAAGGUGGCUUUCUCUGUGAUCGAAGCAAAGAGAAUGUAUAAAAUGGCAUCUUAUGCAGCCCCAGUAUUUGACAUUGACAAUCAUUUGGAUCUUGUCAAUCAAAUUAGAGGAGAGGUCAGUAAAGAGCCUUUAUCACUAAUUGUUUGUAUGACUGAUGCCGCACAAGCACAAUCAGAGUACCAAGCAUCGGAAGAAACAAUGACACAUGACAGUCCAAAGGGAGGACUUUCAGAUAGAAUGGUAGCCUAUGGUAUGGUCAAUGGUACUGGUUGGGCAGAGAAUGUUGCAGCUGGUUAUCAAUCUGACACUGAAGUUGUCAAUGGAUGGAAGAAUUCACCAGGUCACUACGCAAAUAUGAUUGGAAACUAUACAUACAUUGGUAUUGGCAUGAAGGUUUCUGAUAAAGGUACACCAUAUUGGACACAACAAUUCAUUCGUGCAGGAGCUUGUGAAGCUAUUGGAUCUGCCUCUAGCACCAUGAUCCCAGUCACUUUAAUUGCUUUGGUCUCUUUGGUUUUAAUGGUAUUCUUAGUUAUAAAAAAGAUUAAAAGAUUCGUUUCUUGUUUCCUUUUUCGUCCAUAUCACGGCGAUUGA